CAAGUUUGGCAUCCCCUAAGCUCCUUCUUUGCUAAGCAAAUCAACAAGCUCGUUCACCCUUAUAACCCCUCUUUUCUUUUCACCUACUUCUAACCUUCAAUUCUCUCUAUAGAACUUGAAGAAGAACUCCACUACUUCAGAACACUCCUCCUCUUGUAGAUUGAGAUGAGUGCAGAUUGGGGACCGGUUGUCGUGGCGGUGGCGCUGUUCAUUGUCCUGUCACCAGGGUUGCUUUUUCAGUUGCCGGCGAGAAUCAGGGUGGUGGAGUUUGGGAAUAUGAAUACCAGUGGGAUUGCCAUUUUGGUGCACGCUAUCAUUUUCUUCUGCAUACUCACCAUUUUGGUCAUCGCUAUCGGUAUUCACAUACACGUUAACUGACUUUCAAUCAUCUGCUUUGGCUACCUUCAGCAGAUGAAUUGCUUCCUUUUGUUUCCACUUUCUCUAGGACUUAGCAUAUUUCUCUCGAUUCUGCUCCAUUUUCCUGUUCUCUUUUUCCGUUUGAACAACACCUUUCUAUAUUGUAAUCUGCUAAAUGUAAACUAUAAUUUCAAUUCUUUUUGGGGGGUUGAUAAAGAAGGUAAGCUUCUGUAAAUACUCUCACGGUAAUUCCUUGAA